AACAUCAGAUGCUCGUUUGCACACAGAAAGUUUUGAAAGAAACUAACCCACGGGAUCUGUCCAACUGAAAAGGCAGCUGAUUUGGUUUGGAGGUUUAUACAUCCGCAAUGUCGGACGGAAAUCUUGGCCGAGGCUCGAAAAACCGGGCCACGAGCGCCGAGGCCAAGAAAACUCGACUCGCUGCCCUAGGACCCGGUGAAAACAUAAAAGAAAAGCAGCAAAAACUGAAGGAAGAGCGGGAAGCGAAGCGUGCCCAACUCGAUGACCGCCACUACUACAUCCUGCAGACUGUCGCCGACAGCCUGGGCCUGGAAAGGUCAGAGGUCGAAGAUGCCAUCUUGGAAGGAAACCAGAUUGAGAAUAUGGAACGUUUCCUUGCUGCCAAUGGUCUCAACCGCCUGAUGUUCUACUACCAGGAACCAGAGCCAGAGCGGGAACAAGCAUCGGUAGAUUUUCGCAUUCAAACCAUGGACAGCCGGCGUAAAAGCACGAUUGAUCAUGUUCGUAUUGGCCCACCAACUACGAAGACGGUGAAGUCGACCAAACCGAAGGUGUUUCUAGCCGAUGGGAAGGAGGUGCCACUACGAGGGACGUGCCUUGUCUUCACUAAAGCGCCCACAGACAACGCCAUCACUGAGCAAACCAUCUCAAAGGAUGUGAACUUCACGAUGCUCGACACCAAUGGUCAUGCUCACAAUGGGCGUGGUCUUCUACACGCGGUGGAGAAUUUACUGUCCAGCAUCUUCAUCCCGGCCCUCAAGAACCUGGAGAAAGGGUGGGGAAAGCUGGAGAAAGAUGACGCCAAUGUCCGAGCGGACUUCCUCAACUCCCUGGAUGCCUUUGUGUCGGUGCUUGUCGGUGCCCAAGAGAGUCUUCAGGAGAAGGUGACCUUGAGACCAUGUGAAGGUUAUGAGCUGAGCAAGAUCCAGACGGCUGGUGACUACCAGGCCGUGGCCAACAGCUCGGAGUCCCUGGAGGCCAUUGAAUCGUGCAUGCAUGUGUGGGUCAAACAGAUUGAACAGGUUCUUGCUGAGAGUGAGCAGAUGAGACGAGAAGCAGACGACAUCGGGCCCCGGGCUGAACUCGACCACUGGAAGAAACGUAUGUCAAAGUUCAACUACCUUCUGGAUCAGAUCAAGGGUUCAGAGGUCAAGGCCGUUCUGGGCGUUCUUCAUGCAGCCAAGUCCAAACUAAUCAAGGUCUGGCAGGAACUCGACCGGCGUAUCACCGACACAGCCAAUGAGGCGAAGGAUAACGUGAAGUUCCUCUACACGCUGGAGAAGUUCUGUGACCCUCUGUACAACAGUGACCCUGUGGGCAUGCUGGAAGGUAUCCCGGGACUCAUCAACGCGAUCCGUAUGAUCCACAGCAUCUCACGUUACUACAACACCUCGGAGAGGAUGACGUCGCUCUUCGUCAAGAUAACCAACCAGAUGAUCACAGCGUGUAAGGCCUACAUCACCGACCUUCACCGAGACACGAUCUGGUCUCAGCCUCAGGACCAGGUGGUCAUCAAGCUCCACGACUGCAUCAAGCUGAACGUAGACUACCAGCGCCACUUCCACAAGACCAAGGACAAGCUGGAGAAGAUGCCCCAGGAGCGUCCGUUUGACUUCUCCGAGAUGUACAUCUUCGGCAAGUUCGACACCUUCACGCGGCGACUCAAGAAGAUCAUUGAGAUGUUCGAGACAAUGGACACCUACUCUCAUCUAGCAGAGUCCAAGAUUGAAGGUCUGGAGAUCAUGGCCAACAAGUUCAGCGUCAUCGUGACAGCCAUGAAGAAGAAGUCGUACGACUAUCUGGACCAGAGGAAGAUGGAGGUGGACCAGGACUUUGAUGAUUUCAAGCGCCAGAUCUCAGAACUGCAUUCUGGAAUCGUGAGCUUCAUGGACGGCAAGUUUGAUCGCAUCUCAAACACCGCGAGGGCACUGCUGCUGCUGAGGAAGUUUGAGCGCCUGGACAUCCCCAACCUGGGCAUCCAAGAGAAGUACCAGCGCAUCCUCAACCACUACGGCCGGGACAUCGAGAUGGUGGCCCGUCUGUACCAGAAGAACAAGAGUGAUCCGCCAGUAGCCAGAGACCUGCCCCCUGUUGCAGGCAAGAUCUCGUGGGCGCGCCAGUUGUACCGUCGUAUCCAAGAGCCGAUGGAGGUGUUCCAGGAACAUGCCACCAUCUUGCAGGGCCCCGAGGCCAAGAAGAUCAUCAAAAGCUUCAACAAGCUUGCCAAGGUGCUGCUGGAGUUUGAGGUCCUGUACCACCGAGGAUGGAUCAGACAGGUUGAGGCUGCCAAGUCUGGCCUCCAUGCGUCUCUGCUGGUCCGCCAUCCAGAGACAAAAGAGCUUUAUGUCAACUUUGACUCCCAAAUACUGACCAUGAUCCGAGAGACGGAGUGCAUGAGUCGACUUGGCCUGGAGAUUCCGCCUGCCGCUCGGACCAUGAGAGCCAAACAGAUUGAGUACAAGGACAACUUUAAUGCACUUCAGAUGAUGUUGGAAGAAAACAAGAGAGUCCUGGGGAAGAUUCCUGCUGCCUUCGAGAUGCUGAUGGGCCUCCAUAUUGCCAAAGUGGACGAUGCCAUUGAACCAGGGGUGACAACUCUGACGUGGACCUCCAUCAACAUACAUGAGUAUGUGGGUGAGGUGUACAAGGCUCUGGCAGAACUGGAGCUGCUCAUGGACCGAGCUCAUGACCUGACCGAGUUCCGUAUUGACGCUAUCCUGCGCGACAUGGCCAUGACAACACUGUGUCAACUUCCGGACGAUGAACCCUGGACCGUCGACCACUUCCUGGAGAAUACACAGAUCCUGUGUGCAAAGGGAGCGCACAUCCUGCAGACCAAGAGUCAGACCGUGGAGGAGGCGGCCAAUGAGCUGAUCAACAUGCUGUGCAACUCGGAGCCCGAGGAGACGGAGGGGGAAGAGGAGGAGGAAGAAGAGGAGCCGGAGGAAGAUGCUGAGGUGAAGAGCCAUGAUGGAUCUCCACGUGAGUCUCGCAUGUCGCACAGCGGCAGCAAGCGAUCGCGUCCUCUGUCCUCCAAGGCCCUCAAUGUGGCCAAGAAGAAGCGUGAGAUGAGGGAGAACAUCGAGGAGUCGGCCAUGGAGCUGCUCAUCCACUUCAACAACCGCAACCUGGACGCCCUCCUACGUUGUGUCCGCAACACCCUCGAGUCACUCAGGAAGAGGAUCACCUCCAGUUCAAUCACCCACUAUAUGACUGACACGUCCGUGUUUGGAGACAACAAGCGAGACAGCCGUCCCUUCUACCGAACGUACGCCACGCUACAGAUUCCGAACAUCACGAUGCAGCCUGCCCUAGACGAGGUCCAGCAGGCCCUGAACAAAGCCGUUCAGAACAUCAUCUGUGUCAGCAAGGGCGUGUCUCAGUGGAGCAAGGAACGGAAGCGAAUCGUGAAACCAGCCCAGACCGAGCGGUCCGGGUCGGUCACUGGGGACUACUCCCAUGAGAGGAGGGGCAGCGUGGCCAGUCAGGCCCCUUCUGAGGGGUCCCACCCUGACCGCAAGGGGCGUGGCGACGGAGAGACUGCACCCAGCAACUUGGUCAUCCUGCAACAAGUCAAGAAUUACUUUAAGAGCGUGUCGGACAACAAGGACAUUGCUAAACUGGCCUCCCUUCUGUCCACGUCCAUCAACUCGACCAAGAAGGAGGUGACAACGGCACUGGACAAGUUCUCGCACUACCAUGCCAUCUGGGAGUGCGACCGCGACGAAGACCUUACUGAAUUCAUGAAGGAUGACCCCAAACUGUCGGAGUUCGAGGCAAAGAUCAAACACUACGAAGAACAAGAGGUUCGGAUCAACAACGAGCCCGAGUACUAUGAUGUGGGCGCCAUUGCUCUCUAUACAGAGAAGCUGAAACUGGGUUUGACCACGGAGACCAAAGCGUGGCGCCUUCACUAUGGUAAAGCUUGCAACGCCAAGUACCGAGAUGAGAUGGAGAAUAUCUUCACCUUCAUUGACGAGUCCCAGAAGAGGCUGACCCGCCCAAUCAAAGACCUGGAUGACAUCAGGUUCUCAAUGGCUGUGUUGAAGGAGAUCAGGGAAAGGGAGAUAAUGAUUGACAUGAGCAUCGGCCCCAUCGAGGAAUCCUAUGCAGUGCUGAACAAACACGACCUCCCUGUUGUGAAAGAGGAGACAGAGAGAUGCGACACGCUGCGAUACUCGUGGGAGAAGUUGAACACCCAGGCGGCCGAGGUCCAAACGCACCUGCUCACUAUCCAGCCUGAGUUCAAGUCCGAACUGGUGGAGAACGUCAAGAUCUUCGAGCAGGAAACAACAGACUUCUACAGAGGUUACGAUACUACUGGACCAAUGGUUCCUGGAGUUGCCCCGCGUGAGGCCUCCGACAGACUCAUCAUCUUCCAAAACCAGUUUGACACGCUCAACAGGAAGUUUGUGACAUACUCUGGAGGCGAGGAGCUGUUCGGCCUCCCUGUGACCGAUUACCCAGAGUUGGUUCGCAUCAGGAAGGAACUGAACCUCCUUCAGAAGCUGUACGGCCUCUACAAUGACGUCAUUGACACCGUACACGGGUACUACGACAUCAACUGGCAGGAUGUCAACAUUGAUAAGAUUAAUACGGAACUGCAGGAGUUCCAAAACAGGUGCCGCAAGUUGCCACGUGCCCUUAAAGACUGGCAAGCUUUUGAGGAUUUGAAACAGACAAUUGACGACUUUAACGAGAUGGUGCCUUUACUUGAGCUGAUGGCCAACAAGUCCAUGCAGCCUCGUCACUGGAAACGUAUGUCUGACACCACCGGCCACAUGUUUGACAUCGAGGGAGAGAACUUCACACUCAGGAACAUCCUGGAGGCACCGCUGCUGCAGUUCAAGGAGGACAUAGAGGACAUCUGUAUAUCGGCGGUGAAGGAGAAGGACAUUGAGGCCAAGCUGAAAGGAGUCAUCAGUGACUGGGGACACCAGGACUUCACCUUCGGCAACUUCAAGAACCGCGGCGAGCUCCUCCUCCGAGGCGACACAACCUCUGAGAUCAUCGUCCUCAUGGAGGACUCUCUCAUGGUGCUCAGCUCGUUACUUAGCAACCGGUACAAUGCUCCCUUCAAGCCCAAGAUUCAGACCUGGGUUCAGAACCUGACCAACUCGUCCGAGAUCAUUGAGAACUGGAUGACGGUACAGAACCUCUGGGUGUAUCUGGAAGCCGUGUUUGUUGGUGGCGACAUCGCCAAACAGCUGCCUAAGGAAGCUAAAAGGUUCAGCAACAUCGACAAGUCCUGGGUGAAGAUCAUGACACGCGCUCACGAGACUCCCAACGUGGUGACGUGUUGUGUUGGAGAUGAGACUCUGAUGCAGCUGUUGCCUCAUCUACUGGAACAGCUGGAACUCUGCCAGAAGUCUCUCACGGGCUACCUGGAGAAGAAGCGUUUGUCAUUCCCUCGAUUCUUCUUCGUAUCUGACCCCGCCCUGCUGGAGAUCCUGGGUCAGGCCAGUGACCCCCACACCAUUCAGGCUCACCUCCUGUCCGUCUUCGACAACAUCAAGACGGUCAAGUUCCACGAGAAGAACUAUGACCUCAUCCUGUCUGUGGCCUCUACAGAAGGAGAGUCAAUUGAGCUGGAGAAGCCCGUGAAGGCCGAGGGCAAUGUGGAGAUCUGGCUGAUGGCCUUGAUGCAGAUGGCUCACCGCUCCGUCCACGGCGUCAUCCGACAGGCGGCCAUGGCCAUCCAGGACCCCAGCUUCCAGCUGCUGGAGUUCCUCAACAUGUUCCCAGCACAGGUCGGGCUUCUUGGCAUCCAAAUGAUCUGGACACGUGAUGCCACGGAGGCCUUGACCCACGCCAAGUACGACAAGAAGAUCAUGCAGCAGACGAACAACGCGUUCCUGGAGCUCCUCAACACUCUCAUCGCCCAGACCACCAUGGACCUGAAGAAGAUCGAGAGGACCAAGUUUGAGACUCUGAUCACCAUCCACGUACAUCAGAGAGACAUCUUUGAGGAAUUGUGUCGUCAACACAUCAAGUCGCCAACAGACUUUGAGUGGCUGAAGCAGUCUCGCUUCUACUUCAUCGAGGACCAGGAUAAGUGUCUCAUCUCCAUCACGGAUGUGGACUUCAACUACCAGAACGAGGUCCUUGGCUGCACCGAGAGAUUGGUCAUCACCCCCCUCACUGACAGAUGCUACAUCACACUGUCCCAGGCGCUGGGCAUGUCCAUGGGCGGGGCCCCAGCUGGCCCGGCAGGGACGGGGAAGACGGAGACAGUCAAGGACAUGGGCAGAUGUCUCGGCAAAUACGUUGUUGUCUUCAACUGCUCAGAUCAGAUGGACUUCCGAGGUCUGGGACGUAUCUACAAAGGUCUGGCCCAGUCCGGCUCAUGGGGAUGUUUUGAUGAGUUUAACCGUAUUGACCUGCCAGUGUUGUCCGUGGCAGCUCAGCAGAUCGCGAUUGUGCUCGCCUGUAAAAAGGAGCGCAAGAAGAACUUCAUCUUCACUGAUGGUGACAAUGUCGACAUGAACCCAGAAUUCGGCAUCUUCUUGACUAUGAACCCCGGUUAUGCCGGCCGACAAGAGCUGCCUGAGAACCUGAAGAUCAACUUCCGUACUGUGGCCAUGAUGGUUCCGGAUCGUCAGAUCAUCAUCCGGGUGAAACUUGCCGCCGUCGGCUUCAUGGACAACAUCAUCCUGGCUCGCAAGUUCUACACCCUGUACAAACUGUGUGAGGAGCAGCUCACGAAACAGGUUCACUAUGACUUUGGUCUGCGUAACAUCCUGUCUGUGCUGAGGACCCUGGGAACUGUGAAGCGCCAGUCCCCCGAGGACACCGAGCAGACGAUCGUGAUGAGGGUCCUGCGAGACAUGAACCUGUCUAAACUGGUCGACCAGGAUGAGCCUCUCUUCCUGUCUCUCAUCAAUGAUCUGUUCCCCGGCAUCACGUUGGACAAAGCAGGCUACCCAGAGCUGGAGGCGGCCAUUGCAAAGAAUGUUGAGGAUGCCAAGUUGGUGUGUCACCCGUCAUGGAUACUGAAACUCAUUCAGUUGUUUGAGACCCAGCGGGUCCGUCACGGCAUGAUGGCGCUGGGGCCGAGUGGCGCGGGCAAGACGUGCUGUAUCCACAUGUUGAUGAAGGCCAUGACCGACACCGGAGACCCACACAAGGAGUGGAGGAUGAACCCCAAGGCCAUCACAGCCCCACAGAUGUUUGGUCGCCUUGAUGUCGCCACCAACGACUGGACCGAUGGUAUCUUCUCUACUCUUUGGAGGAGAACUACUCGAGUCAAGAAAGGUGAACACUUGUGGCUGGUGCUUGAUGGCCCAGUAGAUGCCAUCUGGAUUGAGAACCUUAACUCUGUGUUGGAUGACAACAAGACCUUGACCUUGGCCAACGGUGACAGAAUCCCAAUGGCCCCCAACUGCAAGAUCAUCUUCGAGCCUCACAACAUCGACAACGCCUCCCCAGCUACAGUGUCCAGGAACGGCAUGGUGUACAUGAGCAGCUCCGGACUCCACUGGCAGCCCAUCCUAGAGGGCUGGCUAAACAACCGUCCUAGCUACGAGCGGGACAUCAUCCUGACUCUGUUUGAGAACUCCUUCCCGGCUCUGUACCGCUUCGCCACCCAGAACCUUGUCUUCAAGAUGGACAUGCUGGAGGCCUUCAUCAUCUCCCAGUGCACGAAGCUGCUGUCCGGGCUGAUCCCAGUGAAGGAUGAGAAGGAGGGCAUGCAGAUCACGCGGGAUCACUACGAGAAGCUGUACGUGUUCACGCUCAUGUGGAGCAUCGGCGCGCUGCUGGAGCUGGACGACAGGUACAGGGUGCAGGAGUGGCUCAAGAACCAUGAGGAGAUCAAACUGGACCUCCCUGACAUCCCCUCUGAUGCCGACUACACCAUGUUUGACUACAUGGUGGACAACAACGGGAGCUGGGUGCACUGGAACUCCAAGGUGACCGACUUCCUCUACCCGACCGACUAUGAGCCGGAGUACUGCAACAUCCUGGUCCCUAUGGUGGACAACGUGAGGACGGAGUUCCUCAUCCACACCAUCUCCAAGCAGGGCAAAGCUGUGCUGCUGAUCGGUGAACAGGGAACGGCAAAGACUGUGAUGAUCAACAACUACCUCAACCAGUACAACCCAGAGGAACACGUCGGACAGUCACUUAACUUCUCCUCCGCCACAACGCCGUAUAUGUUCCAGAGAACCAUUGAGAGCUACGUGGACAAGAGAGUUGGCUCAACAUACGGUCCCCCUGCUGGCAAGAAGAUGUCAGUGUUUAUCGAUGAUAUCAACAUGCCAGUGAUUAACGAGUGGGGCGACCAGGUCGCUAACGAGAUCGUGAGACAGUUGAUGGAGAACGGUGGCUUUUAUAACCUGGAGAAGCCUGGAGACUUCACGAACAUUGUGGAUGUCCAGUUCCUGGCCGCUAUGAUCCAACCAGGAGGCGGUCGUAACGACAUUCCCCAACGUCUCAAGCGACAGUUUGCCAUCUUCAACUGUACACUGCCGUCUAACCCCUCCAUCGACAAGAUCUUCAAUGUUAUUGGUUGUGGUCACUUCUGCAAAGAGCGUGGCUUCUCAGAAAGUGUCCAGAAACUUGUGAAGAAUCUUGUUCCAGUCACAAGAAGGCUCUGGCAGCUCACAAAGAUCAAGAUGUUGCCGACCCCAGCCAAGUUCCACUACAUCUUCAACUUGAGAGAUCUGUCUCGCAUCUGGCAGGGCAUGUUGAACACUACCUCUACUGUCAUCAAGUCAGAGGAGAGUGUCAUGGCGCUAUGGAAACACGAGUGUUCCAGGGUCAUCUCAGACAGAUUUGUACAACCUGAAGAUUAUGUAUGGUUCGACAAAACGCUGAAGCGGGUGCUGGGUGAAUGCGAAAUGUCAGAAGAAAUCCAACAACUAGCUAACCCAACCUACUGGUUUACUGACUUCCUGAGGGAUGCCCCAGAGGCAACUGGUGAUGAACCAGAUGAUGCAGACUUCGACAUGCCGAAAGUUUACGAGGCAUGUGAGUCUCUGGAAGCUCUUGAAGAGCGCCUCAACUUCUUCCUGCAACAGUACAAUGACAGUAUCCGUGGUGCCGGUAUGGACCUGGUGUUCUUUAAGGACGCCAUGACACAUCUGGUGAAGAUCUCGCGUAUCAUCCGGACCCCACGUGGCCACGCCCUUCUUGUUGGUGUGGGCGGAUCAGGCAAGCAGUCCCUCACCCGACUGGCAUCAUUCAUUGCUGGAUAUAAAACCUUCCAGAUAACCCUGACAAGGUCGUACAACAUGUCAAACCUGCUGGAGGACCUGAAGUACCUGUACCGCACUGCAGGGCAGCAGGGCAAGGGCAUCACCUUCAUCUUCACCGACCAGGAGAUCAAGGACGAGGGCUUCCUGGAGUACCUCAACAACAUGCUCUCGUCUGGUGUGGUGGCUAACUUAUUUGCCAGAGAUGAAAUUGAUGAGAUUCGUGGUGACCUCAUCCCCAUCAUGAAGAAAGAGUUUCCACGACGACCACCAUCCAAUGAGAACCUAGACGAGUACUACCUGUCCCGUGUUCGCAACAAUCUCCAUGUCACGCUCUGCUUCUCUCCUGUUGGUGAAAAGUUCCGACAGAGGUCGCUGAAGUUCCCUGGUCUCAUCUCAGGCUGCACAAUGGACUGGUUCCAACGAUGGCCGAAGGAUGCUCUCAUUGCUGUGGCCGACCACUUCCUGUCCCAGUUCGACAUUGAGUGCAGUGCAGACGUCAAGAAGCAGGUCAUUUACACCAUGGGCACCAUUCAUGAUGGCGUCGCGGAGAACUGUGUCAGCUACUUCCAGAGAUACCGACGUGCAACUCAUGUGACACCCAAGUCUUACCUGUCCUUCAUCAACGGCUACAAGAGCAUCUAUGCCGAGAAGAGGAACGAAGUGGGUGAACUGGCCCAGAGAAUGAACACAGGUCUUGAGAAGCUGAUUGAAGCAUCAUUAGCUGUCGCAGAACUAAGCAAGGAGUUGGCAGUCAAGGAAAAGGAGCUUGCUAUUGCCAACGACAAAGCAGAGAAGGUCCUGAAGGAAGUGACAGUGAAGGCACAGGCUGCUGAGAAGGUCAAAGAACAAGUUCAGAAGGUUAAGGACAAAGCUCAAGCCAUUGUAGACGUUAUUGAGAAGGACAAGAAAAUAGCCAUGGGCAAGCUAGAGGCUGCUAAACCCGCUCUGGAGGAGGCCGAGGCAGCGCUAAACACCAUCAAGCCUGCUGACAUUGCCACAGUGAGGAAGCUGGGUCGGCCGCCACAUCUCAUCAUGAGGAUCAUGGAUUGUGUGCUGCUGCUGUUCCAGGGGAGACUGGAGCCCGUCAAACAGGACGUGGACAAGCCAGAGUUCAGUAAACCCUCCUGGGGGGAGUCACUGAAGAUGAUGGCAGGCACAGGCUUCCUGCAGUCCCUGAUAACCUUCCCCAAGGACACCAUCAACGAUGAAACAGUGGAGCUGUUGACACCCUACUUUUCCUCUGAGGAUUACACAUUGGAGACAGCGAAGAAAGUGUGUGGCAACGUCGCGGGUCUGGCUGCCUGGACGAAGGCUAUGGCCUCCUUUUUUGCCAUCAACAAAGAGGUGUUGCCUCUCAAGGCCAAUCUGGUGGUACAGGAGGCAAGACUUCAGGUUGCCAUGGGAGAUUUGCAGACGGCCCAGGAGCAGCUGGAUGCCAAGGAGGCCGAGCUGGCCAUUGUGAGAGCACAGUACGACAAGGCCAUGAGCGAGAAACAGGCUCUGAUGGAUGAUGCUGAGACGUGCAGACGGAAGAUGAAUGCCGCGUCUGCUCUCAUCAACGGCCUGGCUGGGGAGAAGGAGAGAUGGACGGAGCAGAGCAAGGAGUUCAAGGCUCAGAUUGGAAGACUGGUGGGUGACGUGUUGGCGUGCACGGCCUUCCUGUCCUACUCGGGGCCCUUCAACCAGGACUACCGGAGCCUGCUCAACAAGGAGUGGAUGAAGGAGAUGAAGACGAGGAAGAUCCCGUACUCCGCCAACCUCAACACCACCACCAUGCUCACAGACCCUACAACGGUGGCUGAGUGGAAUCUCCAGGGGCUCCCCAACGACGAGCUGUCAGUCCAGAACGGUAUCAUCGUCACCAAGGCGGCUCGCUACCCUCUGCUCAUCGACCCCCAGGGCCAGGGCAAGAUCUGGAUCAAGAACAGGGAGGCCAAGAACGAGCUGCAGAUAACAUCCUUGAAUCACAAGUAUUUCCGUACACAUCUUGAAGACUCCAUGUCCCUGGGGAGACCACUGCUUCUUGAAGACGUGGCAGAAGAGCUUGACCCUGCCCUUGACAAUGUCCUUGAGAAGAACUUCAUUAAGGUGGGGUCAACCCUGAAGGUGAAGGUUGGAGACAAAGAGUGUGACAUCAUGAAGGGCUUCACGCUCUACAUAACAACGAAGCUGCCCAACCCUGCCUACACUCCUGAGAUAUCGGCCCGAACUUCCAUCAUUGAUUUCACUGUCACCAUGAAAGGCCUGGAGGACCAGCUCCUAGGACGUGUCAUCCUCACAGAGAAAGUGGAGCUGGAGAGUGAACGAGUGAAGCUGAUGGAGGAGGUGACGGCCAACAACAAGAAGAUGAAGGAGCUCGAGGACAACCUGUUGUAUCGCCUCACCAGCACACAGGGUUCCCUGGUCGAUGAUGAAGACUUGAUCAAUGUGCUGAAUGUCACAAAGACCACAUCACAAGAUGUCCGCCAGAAGCUUCAGAUCGCAGAGGAGACAGAGCUGAAGAUCAACACUGCCCGAGAAGAGUUCCGUCCUGUGGCCACUAGGGGGAGUAUCUUGUACUUCUUGAUUGUAGAGAUGAGUCUCGUCAACGUCAUGUACCAGACAUCCCUACGACAGUUCCUCAACAUUUUUGACAUGUCCAUGAAAAAGUCACAAAAAUCUCCCAUCACACAGAAGAGAAUCACCAACAUCAUCGAGUACAUGACGUUUGAAGUUUUCAAGUAUGCGGUACGUGGUCUGUAUGAGACAGACAAGAUGACCUUCACCUUGCUGUUGGCUCUGAAGAUUGACCUUCAUUGCACCAAGAUCAAGCAUGAGGAGUUCUCCACACUUAUCAAGGGUGGUGCCUCCCUGGAUCUGAACGUGGUUCAGCCGAAGCCUCACAAGUGGAUCAUUGACCUGACCUGGCUGAACCUGGUGGAGCUGAGCAACCUGCACCAGUUCUCCGGGAUCCUGGAACAGGUAACUCGUAAUGAGAAACAAUGGCAUCAGUGGUUCGACAAAGAUGCUCCCGAGGAGGAGGUGAUCCCCGACGGCUACAACAACUCACUGGACGUGUUCCGACGUCUGCUGCUGGUGAGGUCAUGGUGUCCAGACCGGACACUGUCCCAGGCCAAGAACUACAUUGGAGACACCCUGGGACAGAAGUAUGCCGAGGGGGUGAUCCUGGACAUCGAGAAAAUGUGGGAAGAGAGCGUCUGCCGCACGCCCAUGGUGUGUCUGCUGUCCAUGGGGUCAGAUCCCACCAACAACAUUGAGGCACUGGCCAAGAAGUUCAGGCUAGAGUACAGGGCUAUAUCCAUGGGUCAGGGACAGGAAGUCCACGCCCGCCGCAUGAUGGCACAAGGGACCCAGAAUGGUGGCUGGCUUCUGCUGCAGAACUGUCAUCUCAGUCUGGACUUUGUGGAAGAGGUGAUGGACACCAUCAUGGAGACCGAGAACAUUCAUGAAGAGUUCCGCCUGUGGGUCACAACCGAGGUCCACCCCAAGUUCCCAAUCAGCUUCCUCCAGGUAGCCAUCAAGUUCACCAUGGAGCCGCCGCAGGGCAUCAAGGCGGGGCUGAAGCGAACCUACGCCAGUAUGACCCAGGACUAUCUGGACAUCUCCAACAUGCCGCAGUGGAAGCCGAUGCUGUACGGCGUCUCCUUCCUCCACACCACGGUGCAGGAACGCAGGAAGUUCGGCCCGCUUGGAUGGAACAUACCGUACGAGUUCAACGCCUCGGACUUCAACGCUAGUGUGCAGUUUGUCCAGAACCAUCUUGAUGACAUGGACAUAAAGAGGGGGGUCAAUUGGACUUGCACUCGCUACAUGCUUGGUGAGAUCCAAUAUGGCGGUCGAGUCACAGACGACUUCGACAAGCGCCUCCUGAACACUUUCUGCAAGGUUUGGUUUGGGGAGAACAUGUUCACUCCAAACUUCAACUUCUACAAGGGCUACGUCAUCCCCAAGUGCUCCAAACACAACGAAUAUAUGGAGUACAUCAACAACCUGCCCAUCAAGGACACUCCUGAGGCCUUCGGACUUCACAGCAACGCUGACAUCACCUACCAGAGCAAGACAGCCUCCAACAUCCUGGACACGAUCCUCCAGAUUCAACCCAAGGACAGCAGCGGCGGCACGGGGGAGACCCGCGAGUCCAUCGUCUACCGCCUCUGUGACGACAUGUUGGACAAACUACCGGCUGACUACAUACCGUUCGAGGUCCAGAACAGACUCCAAAAGAUGGGCAUCCUGCAGCCCAUGAACAUCUUCCUGAGGCAGGAGAUUGACAGGAUGCAGAAAGUCAUCACGUUGGUGCGCCUGACCUUGACCGACCUCAAGUUGGCCAUUGACGGCACCAUCAUCAUGAGUGAGACUUUGAGAGAUGCCCUGGACUCCAUGUAUGAUGCCAGGAUUCCCAAGGCGUGGCAGAAGAUAUCCUGGGACUCCAGCACUCUGGGUUUCUGGUUCACGGAGCUCAUCGACCGCAACAGUCAGUUCAACACCUGGUGUUUCGAUGGCCGACCACACACGUUCUGGAUGACCGGCUUCUUCAACCCACAGGGAUUCCUCACAGCCAUGCGACAGGAAGUGACACGCGCUCACAAGGGAUGGGCCUUGGACACCGUCAUCCUCCAUAACGACGUCACCAAGUACAACCGGGAUGAUGUCACUCAGCCACCAACAGAGGGCGUGUACGUGUACGGCCUGUACCUAGAGGGGGCUGGCUGGGACCGGAGAGGAAGCAAGCUCAUUGAACCCAAGCCCAAGGUGCUAUUCGAGCAGAUGCCAGUCAUCCACAUCUACGCCAUCAACAGCACGUCCGGGACAACUGAUGCACGCAUGUACUAUUGUCCUAUCUACAAGAAGCCACAGCGUACAGAUCUCACGUACAUCGCCGGCGUCAUCCUGAAGACGAACCAGCCGCCAGAUCACUGGGUGUUGCGUGGUGUGGCGCUCCUGUGUGACAUCAAAUAAAGGAACAUUCAUGUCAGCAGACUUUUCAUUUUGAGAAAAAAUUGAUCCACUUUGUGAUCUGAGUUUACAACUUCAAAAUAUUGUGAAUAGCCCUAGUUUAAGAUUUACCAUAUUUCUUAUUAUAUUUUCCAUUUUUGGAAAAUGGUCUUGAUUCACAUAUGUUUAAAGUAUUGCCUUGCUUUGCUUAGAAAGCAUUUAUAUCAAACUCUAUUGAUAGAAUCAACUUCUUUGUUAUGACAUUUUUUUGUCAAAAAGUACAAUUUGUUUGGAACAAUGUUACCGUAUGUGAGUUCCUGGACACAAUCGACAGCUGAUUGUGUUGCUGUUGAAUUGCCUUUAGCCGGUGUAGAAUUGAAUCAAUGUAACAACUGGUUAUAAUGGAAAUGCUUUAACUUCUCGUCAUGAUGAAAAUGUGACGGAUUAAAAAACUACAUGCACAAACUAUUGCAUGGUAUUUGUAUUCAGAUCAUCAAAAUUAUACUAAAUAAAGCAGCCAGUUUCUAUGUAUAAUAUUUCUUAAAUCGAUAAUAGCCUUUCAAAAAGGCUGGGUUUCUGAACUGAUCAGAAAAUAUUGCCUUUUGUCUUCAUAGUCCGUCCAUGUUUCAUUGCACAAACAUUCUUCUAUUGUGAUGAAUUUUGAUUAGCAGUCAUCAGUCAAGUAUCCGUGAUAAAAAAUAAAAUGUUUUAAAUAUCUUGUGUAUAUUUAUUUGGAACCAUCCAUUGUUUCCACUGUCAGUAUUUCUUGAAGCCCCUCCACACUGUGAUAAAACAUUUAUACACUCACCAUGUGUUUAGCUGGUAGAUAUGUUGUAAUAAAGAUAGUGCUUCUACUCAGGAGUGGUAUGUAUGUUAUUACAUGCAGUACAUAGUAGAGCAAUGUACUAACACGUGCAUACCCACACAGUAUAGCAUCUGUGUGUUUGUUAUAUUUUAUUAACAGGCAAGACCAUUUUGUCUUCUCUUUCAUGGAUAAGCCUUCACUUGAAGUUAAGGUGAAAAAAUAUUUGAUCAAAAUGUGUUCAAUUAAGUUUUUAUUUUUUUGGUUCAAUUUGAAUUGUAAGGUUUUUCAUUAAAUAUUAAAGAUGACCUGAUUUUUUAUAAUUAUGUUUUAAGACCUUAAAACUAGAAACAAAAAUUGUUCUUGCCUGACCAUUAUUGAAUAAUAUUUCAGAUGUGUAGAUAUAAUUAGGUGAUGACUAUCCAUAGCAUUUACAUUUCUCGUAGUGAUUGUAUUACAACUUAUUGCAAUAAUAUCCAGAGUAGUGAUAUUUAUUCGGCAUUUGUAAUAACAGAUUUUCCAAACAGUAUUUCAGUUUUAGGUAACUUCAGUAUUCAACCUGACGUGAUGAAGCUCCUAGUCCAGAGUUGUCUCCCUUUGCUGUAUUCCUCUAGGCUCCAACUCCAGAGUUGUCUCCCUUUGCUGUAUUCCCUCCAGGAUGUGUGUACAACGAACUGUGAUAAUGAAACUGUCUUCAUUUAAUUGGCUGAUCUAUUUUACUAUUUAUUGCCCUGUACAGAGUUGUUAUUUCUUAUACCUGUUUAGUUUCAUCCUAAUGCCCUAUACUUCCAUGUUUAUUUUCUGUCUGAAGUUUAUGGAAUAAACUUUCAUAACUUAUGCUGUAAA